AUGGGCUUGUCCGAGAAGAACGCAGGCGGCGUAACGGCGAACACACCGAGUGACGCCGUGAGUCAUCCGGCCCCCGUUAACUCACUGCUGCGCUUCCGUUUCAGCGCCUUUGAGGUUUUCAGGCAGAUCGCAGAGACGGGGGCCGAGUUCACGCUGAGUUUCGUCAACGCUCAUCGUCUUUCAGUCCUGCCUUUUUUCGAAAAGGUCAAACUGAGAAACAUACCGACCUCCCCAAACUCCACCCCAUCUCCAGAAAACCAUACGAAUCUCCCCAAACUCCACCCCAUCUCCAGAAAACCAUACGAAUCUCCCCAAACUCCACCCCAUCUCCAGAAACUCAUACUGACCUCCCCAAACUCCACCCCAUCUCCAGAAAACCAUACGAAUCUCCCCAAACUCCACCCCAUCUCCAGAAAACCAUACCGACCUCCCCAAACUCCACCCCAUCUCCAGAAAACCAUACGAAUCUCCCCAAACUCCACCCCAUCUCCAGAAACUCAUACUGACCUCCCCAAACUCCACCCCAUCUCCAGAAAACCAUACGAAUCUCCCCAAACUCCACCCCAUCUCCAGAAAACCAUACCGACCUCCCCAAACUCCACCCCAUCUCCAGAAAACCAUACGAAUCUCCCCAAACUCCACCCCAUCUCCAGAAAACCAUACGAAUCUCCCCAAACUCCACCCCAUCUCCAGAAAACCAUACGAAUCUCCCCAAACUCCACCCCAUCUCCAGAAACUCAUACUGACCUCCCCAAACUCCACCCCAUCUCCAGAAACUCAUACCAACCUCCCCAAACUCCACCCCAUCUCCAGAAAACCAUACGAAUCUCCCCAAACUCCACCCCAUCUCCAGAAACAUACCGACCUCCCCAAAUUCCACCCCAUCUCCAGAAAACCAUACUGACCUCUCCAAACUCCACCCCAUCUCCAGAAACUCAUAGUGACCUCUCCAAAUUCCACCCCAUCUCCAGAAACUCAUACCGACCUCCCCAAACUCCACCCCAUCUCCAGAAACAUACUGACCUCUCCAAAUUCCACCCCAUCUCCAGAAAACCAUACUGA